GGCCACAUGAUAGCGGCGCCAUUUUCUAGUUCAUUGAAUAAAAGGGGUUUGGCAGCACGGUUCUUUAAGGAUCGGUACGAGACUGAACUAUUAUUAAACCAGGUAAUUACCGGAAAGUUUUUUUAGCCAUGUCAACCACUCCGGCCCAAAAGCAUACGCGGGCCAGUGCGGCCCAAACGCCUCUGAGCCCGACUCGGAUCACCAGAAUUCAGGAGAAAGAAGAGCUGAAGAAUCUCAAUGACCGCCUGGCCGUCUACAUCGACAAGGUGCGCUCCCUGGAGUGCGAGAAUAGCGUUCUGCAGCUUAAGAUAUCCGAGAAGGAAGAGGUGACGACCCGUGAGUUGACCGGCAUCAAGGCCAUGUACGAGACCGAGCUGGCGGACACUCGGAGGCUGCUAGACGAAACGGCCCGGGAAAAGGCGAAGCUGCAGAUCGAACUGGGGAAGAGCAAGGCGGAGCUGGAUGAACUCGGCAAAAAUUACAAGAAGAAAGAUAAUGACCUGAUAACAGCACAGGCUCGGUUGAAAGAUUUUGAAUUGACCUAUCAUAAAAAUGAAGCUGCACUUAACACUGCUAUCAGUGAAAACCGUCGUUUGGAAGCAGAACUGGCUGACUUGCGUUCACAGCUUGCUAAGGCUGAAAGUUCCCUGGCUGCUGCCAAAAAGCAGUUGGAAGAGGAGACACUAAUGCGAGUCGACCUGGAGAAUCAGUGUCAAAGCUUAACUGAGGAACUAGCAUUCAGGAAAAGUGUGUUUGAAGAGGAAGUGCGUGAGACUAAGAAGAGACAAGAACGCCGUGUAGUUGAGGUUGACUCUGCACGGAGAGUUGACUAUGAAUCCAAACUAGCAGAGGCCCUGCAGGACCUGCGGAAACAACAUGAGGAGCAAGUGAAACAAUACAAGGAUGAUUUGGAACAAACUUUCCAAACCAAGUUGGAAAAUGCUAAGGUAGCAUCUGAUAGAAAUGACAAAGCUGUGGGCACAGCACGGGAGGAGCUCCAGGAGGCAUACCUGAGGAUUGAGAGUCUCAACUACCAACUUGGAACCCUGCAGAAACAGACUGCUGCUUCUGAGGCUCGAAUUAGGGAGUUGGAAGAGAUGCUUGCAAAUGAUCGCGAUAAAUAUCGUAAGAUGUUGGAGGCAAGAGACCGGGAAAUGGCUGAGCUGAGGGCUAACAUGGAGGUGCAGUUGCAGGAGUAUGAGGACCUUCUUGAUGUCAAACUGGCCCUUGACAUGGAAAUUCAAGCCUACCGCAAACUCCUGGAAGGCGAGGAAGAGAGAUUGAAGCUGUCUCCAAGUCCUUCCUCUCGAGUUACAGUCUCCCGUGCUACAUCCAGCAGUGCUGUUCACACAUCUCGUGUCAAGCGAAAGCGUGUAGAGAUGGAAGAGCCCAGAGAAAGCAGCAGUCGUAUACAACAAACCCACUCUAGCAGUGGCUUUAUCAGCAUUGAGCCAACUGACCUUGAGGGAAAAUUUGUUUGUCUCAGUAAUAAAUCUGAGAAGGAUCAGCCACUUGGAGGCUGGAGACUGAAGAGGCAAAUUGGAGAUGGGGAGGAAAUAGUCUAUAAGUUCACCCCUAAAUACACUCUGAAGGCUGGACAGGAAGUCAAAAUCUGGAGUGCAGAUGCUGGUAAAGUCCAUAGUCCCCCUACUGACCUUCUGUGGAAGAAUCAUAGCUGGGGCACUGGUGAUGAGAUUAAGACUGUCCUUAUCAACUCUGAUGGAGAGGAAGUUGCAGUAAGAAAUCUCCGAAAAAUUUGCCAUGAAGAUGUGGAGGAAGAAGCUGAGUUUGGAGAGGAAGAUCUUUUCCAUCAACAGGGUGACCCAAGGACCACUUCCCGGCAAUGUGCAGUCAUGUGAUCAUCAUCCUAAAUUUUCAUUCAGGAGAAGAAAAAUCUCUACUUUAUCCAGAGCCACUGAAAUAUUUUUGUACACUGUUUUUCUUUUAACAUUUUGAAACCAUUCUGGUUUAGUACUUUUACAACCAUUGUUUUAUUUGUAAAAACCUGAGUUCUGAAGGGGUAUUUUUUAAGAUCUUUUGACAAAACACUUCAAUAUCAUGUUUAAAAGUGGGGUUAUCAAAAUUUUACAUGGGGGUGAGAAGGAGAAGAGAAGAAGCAAUUUUUUAGUCAUAUGGCCUCCUUGUGUACAGAUUUGGGUUCAUACAUCCAGGAUUUAGCCGUGGAACUGCAUCACAGGCUGUAUUAAUCAGAAUUUGGUUAUUCUGCAGUUUUUCAAACCCAAAGGGUUGUUGUAAAAACUCCACCAAAUUGGUGUUAACCUAGUACCCAAACUGAACUAGCAUUGUUAGGAGUAUGAAACUCCUUCAAAGCUGUAGGUGGAGUAUACUAUACUCCAAUGCAGAAGUCUCAGGUGUUUUACAGAAAUCAUGCUAAAAAAGAUUUCUACUGUGAUCCUGCCCAUUUAUUUGGCUAUUCUGUACAAAUACUGCUGUACCAAAACUGGUGUACAUGAUCUAUAAGAAUUUGUAAUAUGGAAUGUGGACUGACUGCAAUGCCUGAAUGGUCACUGAUCUGGAAAUAGGAGUCCAAAUUUAUCUCAAUUGGAUGAAUUAUGUGAUCAUGUGCAUUUAUUAAAUGGAAACAUAAAUGUUGCAUGAAAAACAGCAGAAUACACCAAACUUUUUUAAUUUUUAAUCAAUCAUCGUGUUAAGUGCUGCAUGUCAGGUUCUGAUGCAUUGCUCUCAUUUCACAGCAAAGCCUGAACCUUGUUAGUGUUGUCAAAAUUCCAUUCUUAAGUGUCUGGGUAUUUGAAUCCCUAGUUUGAUGCCAUUGGGUAUAUUUACUGGCUGGUGUAUUAAUAUUUGGAUGGUGGCUUAUGGAAGUUUGAUUUUUGUUAAUUGCUUGAUGGCUGGUUCGUACUUAACUGACAACGAUUUGUAAUAGCUUGCUUGUUUAGUAGCUUAUUAGAUUGAUCUUCAGAUAAAGGCAGUGAGGAUUGGAAAAAUGUUUCACCGCACUGGGACAGAUAUUAAGCUUAAUUUGACAAGAGAAUUUACCUGUCAGUUGCAGAAACCAUCACUGAAAAUAUGUUUUAACAAAUCAUGUAGUCAGUAUACAACACAAAAUAUAAUAGUAUCUAAGGUAAGAUACUGUUAAACUAAAAUGAGAUUUUUAAAUAGCACAAUCUUGUACAAAGCAAAACAUUUUAUUUCUUUGCAAUAACUUGAGGUUUUCAGAGUAUGGCUACUUAUGAAAUUUUAAGCAAUAAAACUGUGGAAAAGAGAUAUCUACAGUUAAUAUUCUAUCACUGUCCCAAGAGUUAUUUUCAAUUGGUUAUAUACUUUUGCGGGAGGGGGGGGUCAGGCAAAACAUUUUGUUCUUUGUACUUUUUAUGGAUGAAUGGAUUUGAAGUUACUGUACCUGUAUAUUAUAGUGUAUGGAGGGGUGGUGGGGAAGUAAGUCCUGGUCACACUAAUGGUUUUUUAUCCAACAUACCUUAUGAUUAAUAUAUCAUUAUAUAUCAUUGAAUUUUGUGCUUAUCUCUUUUUAUAAACUUUCAAAAUUCUGUUUCUCAGAAGAUCAUUUUUGGGCUGAAUACGAGUUGGGAAUGUUGAAAUUAAGUAAAAUUCAUUCUGAAUACAUAUACCUAAUAGUUCUAGUUUAAAAAAAAAUAGUGGCUUUCUCAAAUUUAUGGUUGUCCUGGUGAACUAGAAUUGAUUACAAAAUGUAGAAUUAAGUGCCCUCAGUAGAAGUUGCUGAGAAUUAUGGCCUGGGAAACAGAAUUUUUAAAAAAUUUAUGCUUUUAUAUUAAACUUAUUUGAACCAUAAUGGAUGGUCUUAAAAAAAAUCAUGUGCACACUUUUUUAAAUGAGGUCUAAUUUUACUGGUGAAAAUCAUGAUGCACGUUGCUGUGAGGUUUUUACCUUUUUAAAAGGUUUUAUUGCAAGGUUUCUGGUGUUUCCCUUGUAAAUCCAACACUUCUUUCCACUGAUUAAAAGAAACCCACAAAGCACAUGUGGAAUUCAGUUUAUUUUAUUUGAGGUUUUCAUUCAAAUUUUGGCAGACCACUCUCUCUUCACCUUGUUCAUGGUAGCAUAUUGGUAAAGUUGCUGGACUAGUGAUCCAGAUGCCGAGAUUAAUACUUGGGAGACGUGAUUCAAUCCCACUUUAGCAGCUGGUGGAAUUUAAAUUCAAUUAAUCUGGAAUAAAUAGUUUUAUGAUUAGAGACUAGCUAUCAAAUUGUCAUAAAAAUCCAAUAAGUUCAUUAAGUGCCCUUCAGGGGAGGAACUCUGCUGUCCUUACUCAGUCUGGCCUAAAUAUUACUCCAGACCCAUGGUAGCGUGGUUGACUCUUAACUGCCAUCUGAAAUGGCCUAACAAGCCAUUCAAGGGCAAUUAAGGAUGAGCAGUAACCUUGCCACCAACACUCGUCCCAAGAACUAAUAAACUCACUUUACCAAUGACUCUAGUUUUUCUUUUAAAACAUAUAUUCAAGUGGAAUGUCCAAAAUUCCCUUGACUGGAAAGUUUCAGAAAAGGUAUCAAGAUUCCAAAAGAACAAAUUUGCCUUUUCUAAAAACAUUAUUAGACCUUUAAAAUAAAAAUGCAUAGUUCAACUGAAUGUUAUUUUGAGCAGUGAAAAAAGUCAACAAAGCUAUUUGUGUGCCAUUUUCACUUGCAAUAAAUGCACUGUGUCCACAUUUGUGUAUAGCUGAAGGUGCAGUACCUUGUUGUCUAGGUUAGUUUGAUCUAUAGGUUAUUGACCUACUAAGCAUCACUGUCAGCAAUACCACAACUGGUUGCUGGUUCUCGAAAUGGGCAUUAAUGUUUGAACUACCCUAAUGAGGAGUUACUCCAAAGAAAUGUAGCUGUGCCUAGCAUAUUAUCAAUAGCAUGUUAAUUCUCACAUCAGAGCAAGUGGAGAACUUCAAUCUGCCCUUGUAGUGUAAGUAUUUAACAUUGUGGCUAAGCAAAAGUAACUUUAAUUUGCAUUUGAUUCUUCUGUUGAUUUUGUGUUAUCAAGUCUUCAUGCCCAAUAAGCUAGAAUUGUCACUCAAGGUGAUUUGCUAGAUGGCAGUGACAUGCCAAAAUACAAAACGUUCUGUCUGAAAUUUGUAAACAUUUUAUAACUGGAAUUUUUUAUGAACAUUCAAUAAAUGUGGUUUUGCAUACUAUGAAA